AUGGGAAGAAAAAGAAAACGAGGACAGUCAAAGCAUGAUUGGGGAAUUGCAACGUCAAGAAAACAGAAAAAGAAGAGAAAAAUUCGAGGAAAGAUUUUUAAUCGUGGAGUAAAAGCUGAAAAGCAGGGCGCUUAUUUGAUAAAUUCCAUGAUGGAAAAUAUUUCUCUGGAAACAUCGACCUUGCCCCGUGAAAGACAUCAACAAGAUUCAACUCCUCCCUGCUGCAUCAAUAUUCCUGCAAAACAAGUUUCGAAGAAACCGAGGCUCUGUGGAGUAAGCAGCUUCUUUAUUCGCCUGAAGAGUUUUUCAGGCAUUUUUCAGCGUCCAACCCGUUUCAGUUCAGUCCGAAAUGUUUUCCUUUUAUUGGAUUGGUUGAGACAAAUCUUUGGGUGUGGAUUGCAGACACUAGGAAAGGUUGGUUGAACGUGAUCGUCGUCACCAUUAAUUGUUCUCGUCAUGUUCUCCUACAAAUAUGACGUUAAACAAAAGCAUGUAUUAAGUUUAGCUGCAGUAGUAAAGAUGUCCCUGUUAGCAGGGAGAAAAGAGGCCUCUGGUAGCAGGGAAAGCUGUCUUCUAGCUCCAGGGCCGGGUUGUUCAAAGCGGGGUUAAGAUAACCCCGGGUUAGAGCGAACUUUUAAUUUAGAUAUAAAAGCUUGUAAAGCAAAUUCAGUUAAAAUUCCCUUUGGUCUGCAAUCUGGUGAUUGGAUGCUCCUAAAAGAAUAGGAAAAAUUAUCUGAGAAAAUGCCGUUUAAACGAAAGAAAUAAAAACCUGGGUUAAAAUUCGAACAACAGGGCCCAGCUGUUCGAAGGCUGAUUAGUGCUAACCAAGGGUUCAAUUUUUUACCCGGGGCCAGUUGUUUGAACACCAGUUAGCGCUAACCCAGGAUUAAAUGUUAACCUGGGCUUCUUUUUCUUUUCAUCAAAAGCAUUCUUUCGGAUAAUUUUCUAUAUUUUUUUUAGAGUAUCCAAUCAUCAAAUUGUAGGCAAAGAGAAUUAAACUGAAUUUGUUUUGUAAGCUCUCAUAUCUGAGUUCAAAUUUCCCACUAACCUUGGGUUAUCUUAACCUGGGGAUUUGCCUGGGGGGGUGGGGGUGUGGAUGUUUUGGAAUUAACUGGUACAUAACACUAGGCUGACAACCCAUUCAAUGUCCCCCACUGAGGAAUAAAAGGCCAAAAAUGAACAUUUUAAUGAUAUGCUGUAUUGGUCUAACUAACUAUCGUGUUGUUUGUUAUUGUUUAUUGUGCAGAUUCUUUUAUCGAAAAAGAAUAUAACCAUCAAAGAUGGUGGAAAUAACUCUCAAGAAGUUAUAAAGAGGAUAACUCACCUAGAGGAAGAAGUAACUUUUCUCAAAUCUGAAAUUGCCAAAAUUAUGGUAGGGUAACCUUUGGUUUUUGACUUAAAGCCUACUACCUGUAAUAAUGAUGACAGUGCUUGUUUAAAAUGCAGUCUGAUAAUGGUGUUUUCCAUAUUUUUCUUAGAAGACAAGCUGCCCAUGUGGAAAUAAUGCUGUUAAGUGUUCAACAACUAAAGAGGGAUACAUGGUACAUAGUCCUUCCAAAGUGAUAGCUCCUCCACCACCCCCUCCUCCUCCUCCUCCUCCUCCUCCUGUUCUGCCCCCACCUGCUCCUCCACUGGCAUUUCUCAAGAGAAAACAGGUAAUGCAGGUGCAUGACUAUAACAGUGGUGCAGUAAAACUAUGGUGGCCUACCAUAAACUGCCGCUUAAAGCCCUUAGCCUGCGAAUACAGCCGUUUCUCCUAUUGCUCCUUGUCGCUAAGGAUGUUUCACCUGGAGGAACGUCUGCAACUGAGCUCUGAUUAGUUGACAUAGUAGUCAUAUUGUUUUACCUAUUGUUUACAAAUGACAGAUGAAAGACAAAAUGCCACAAAGGUCAAAUGUAAAUGUGAUGAAUCUACUACAAAACAUUCAAUAUUCCUAGAAUAUAUUCUUCUUUAGAAGAAGCAUCUGAGUUUUGCUGGAACUUGUUUGCAAAAGAUCACAAAACUUUUACCAUAAUCGACCAGGACAAACAUAAAAUCAAACAAGUUUACAUUAUUUGGAACCCCAUGACUACAGGAUUUAUUAUGUAAACAUUGAUUUACAUUAUCAGUAUGAAAUUUCUGUCGCUGAGUCGCAGACGUUCUUCCUGGCAAGACAUCCCUUAGUGGCGAGGUGAGGAGAAACAACUGUAUUUGCAGGCUAAAAGCCCUGGGCCGAGUUGUUCGAAGGCUGAUUAGCGCUUAACCCGGGGUUAAAAUUAACCUGGGUUUCUUUAUCUUGUGUUCAAAAGCAUUUUCUUGGAUAAUUUUCUGUACUAUUUUUAGAGCUUCCAAUCAUCAACUUGUAGACAAAAAGAAUUAAAGCUGAAAUGCUUUUUAAGGUUUCAAAUCUUAAUUCAAAUCUUCCAGUAACCCUGGGUUAUCUUAACCCAGCUUUGAACAACUCGGCCCUGGGCUUAAACAUCUUUGGAAGGGGUUUUGGAAGGGCUUACAAACAGACUGAGGGGUUUAUUUCGGAGGGGGGUUUACCCUUAUAACAGAAUGGUAAAGGCUCUUCAAAACAAGCUAUAGCAAUGCUGAUCAAAAUACGUACUUUUGUAUUUACUGUUUUUUUUUUUUAAUUAAGCUUCAAAAAAUUUAAUCGAAGUCAUUUCAAUACAAGAGGGGGCAAAUAUAGGAGAGGGGCCUACUGCCGGGCCUACUGCCUAUAAGCUUGGGGGACUUAAGAGAAGCAGUGUAUGGUAGUCCACUACAUGUAAUGUAUUAAAAAGUAACAUCGUAAUGAUAAAUAUAUUUAAUUUUAUCUUAAAUUUAUUGGUUUUUUACAGAGUGGAUCAAAGGGUGUGGACUCUAGUGAGACCAAGAAGAAGCCAACAACUGCUUUAGUGACUUUGGAAGAUUUGAAAAAAGUCAAGUUGAGAAAAGUUUCACCAAAGAAAAACAGAUUAAAGGUCAAAGAAAAUAUUGAAUCCAAUACUGAGACUGAUGUAGGUUUGAAGAUUCAGCCCCAGAAACCAGAACUUAGGAAAAUUAAUCAAAGAAAGGAUUUACCACAGUGUGUCAUCAGCUUGGGGGAGAUAAAGAAGGUCACUUUAAAAAAGAGAACGGCAGAAAGUGAAAUUGAUAAAGUCAAGUUGCGGUAAGCUUCAAUAUUGUAUCUUGAUCAGUGACACAUACAUAUAUAACAGGGUGUAAAAAAGUUACUGGUACAGCUUGUCCUUUGGGCAAGCCGAUGCUAGCAUUUACCAGCAAUAGUUGCAGUUGUAGUAGCCUUAUUACAGUCAAGCCUGGUCAAGCAUAAUAAUAAAUAUUCAAAAGUGAACCGUUAGUAGUUGUAGAUAUUUCAGAUUCAUCUCACCCACAGUAAAUGAAAUUUCUGCCAGCUCAGUUUUCUUGAAUUUGAUGUAAAUUUCUUCAGUAAGCAACUUUGUCCCUUCAAAGAUUUUUCAGUUGGACAGAAUACAGAGAAAUUAUCAUAAAAAAUUCACUGCCCAUUAUGCACGCAGGAAUGCAGAUUUGAAUUUGAUAUUGGUUCAGGGGCAACUACUAACAGAUUUGUUUUCUCAUUUUCUUAUUAGGUGAUUCAUUAACGACACCUAAGGGGUCAUGCGCGACCUGGCAGGACUGUAAUAAAUUUACAUGAAUUAAGUCUUAUAAAACAGAUGUGUCUGUCACAUGUUAGUGAGAGACAUCCAGCUUGAAACUUAUGUCUGUUUUUAGGGAUUCUCUGAAGAGUUUCCAUUUAUUUUACAGAACACCUGAGGAAAUGAUCAUCACAAGAAGUAAGCUACGAAAAGUGAACAUUACUCGGAGUCCUGGGGGGACUCCUUUGGUUUCUAAUAGAAAUAAGGAAAAUGGAACUGGUCUAACACCAAUGAUGACAAAAGCACUGCAGAGGAAAUUCCAGGUAAAUAAGAUUCCAUUUGAGAAUCCAUUGAUUUAUUGGAAAUCAUCAGGAUGCUUCAGAGCUUAUUUUAUUGAGAUGAUGCACAAAUAGUUUUUAAUAGUAAUGUUUCUGAUUUAUAGCGGGCUUAUCCUUAUUCUUCACCAGAUGCACCAAAAGCAAGAAGAAGCAAGGUACAUACUUGACUGUAAAGUGCAAAAUGUUACAUCUCAAUUCACACAUAUUUACUAACAAUAGCAGUGGCGAAUUCAGGGGAGGGCCCCCCUGCCCCCCUUAUUUUUGACCAAAUGGAGGCCCGAAGGGCAUGAAAAAAUUUUUUGGACACUGCAACCGCAAACCCCCCCACUAACCCCCUCCUUAUCUGAAGGUCUGGAUCCGCCACUACUACAUGUACCCUUAGCUGUGUCUUAUUAAAAGUCCAGUAAUGUAUUCAAUUAAAGUGGAAAUGAGAUUUUAAGAUGCUUAUUAUGUGUACUGCUAGCUAUCAUUUAUUGUUAAUAUUCUUUCCAUAAUAUAAUUAUUUUGUUAUUUAGUUUUGCUAAAUACUUGUAUUGGUAUUUUGAGCCACAACAAUUUGCUGACUGUCCCCUUUGAAUUGAUCAAGUUUAACCUAAUGACUGUCUCACUGUUGGGAGUGUUUUUCCUGAAAGCUCCUUGGUAAAUGCCCUGCCUAAAAUACCAUAACUGAGAACAGAAGUCUCUCAUUAAGGAAGCCUGGGGACCCACUCUCCCCAGAGGAUUAACCCAUUCACCCCUGAACGCCCUUAACCACUCUUGCAGAUCCACGGCCCUUGCACUGCUUUUGACCCCAUCAGUUUUAUUCAUCAUAGGGAACUUUGACAUGUUGUAGGGUAAAGAGAUCUUAAUUUUGCACCAAAAUGAUCACACUGAAGUCCUAUUUUGUUCUCGCCCGAGGGAAGCUGAAACCGAGCCCAAGAUCUAA